AUGUUGAGGGGCUCUGAGCCGAGCUAUAAUCAGACUGAUUUUCCGUACUCUUUCAACGGGGAAGGCUACCUGCGACACAUAGAAACCUAUGAACCCUACAGGUUUCCUUUCAAACUAGAUGAUGUCAGGGAAACUGAAAGACAACAUCAAACCUUGUGUCAUUACAUCACUCGACAAGUGUACAACCUCCUAGAAGAAAAGUUUAAUCUCAUCAGGUUUUAUCUCGACGAGGAGAGUUUUGUAUUUUUGAGUCCAGGAGCGCUGGAGCAUCCCGGGAGCCUCGUGGUUCUGAUUCAGGACUGGGGAUCCAUGAGAUGCGGUGUGUGGAGCUGGAAGAUGGUGGCACACGAAGGACUGGAGCUAGGCAGUCAGAUUCCCUACCUGCGCUGGGCUGCUUUGGAAUCGCGCGCAGUUAUCCUCAUGAAUCCCAACGAAGGUGGUCAACCCCUGGAAAGGCACAUGCAGUUAGUCUGGGACCGUUUGAUUUCCAAAAGUUUUGCUGAGCACGUCUUUGUUGUAGCUCACGGCUAUGGAGGACUGGCUUUUGUAAAUCUGCUUUGCAACUGGCUGGAGGAGGUUCAGGAUCGAGUGAAGGCUGUGGCUUUCCUAGACUCAUCUCAUAGCUUGUGGCAUCAGCCAUUGGGCAAAGCCGGUCGUGAUUGGCUGAAAUCUCACUCGAGGUCUUGGAUUCUCAGCACAAAACCACUGAAUCGCUCUGUGGGGUCACUGAAGGCAGGUUGCCCGCAGUUAUCAGCGGGCACGCAAUGCCACGACUCUGUGCCUGCGGUCUGUAUGGAGUCUGUGUUUCGUUUCUUCACCAAGAUAAUGAAACCCAAAGCCCCACCGAUUCCUUUUGAAAUCAUCACGAGAAGCAAGAGUCGAGCCACUGACCGAAAUAACAAUUCACCUACUUAUUGA